CCGCUACAGCCUGACACAAGGUGGCGCUGCGGAGACAGAGCCAGAGCUCAGAAUGUGGAGCAGCGCCGCCAUCGAGCUGGACAGGAAACCAGUUUGUUUCUUAGCAACAGGAGAUAACAGCAGCUCCAGUAUGACGGGCGAUUAGGCUGUCCGGUUCUGGUUCUGGUUCAGUUCUAACUUUAUUCAGUAAAAUCUUGGUUGUGACUCCAGGACCUCCUGCUGUUCAGGUUUGGACCGGUGGUUCUGAUUGCCGUUCUGUCUCAGUACAGUUUGGUUAAAACGGUUCUGAUCCUUCAGCCAGUGAUGGAUCAGAAACGUUGGGAUGAGUGAUGGAUUCAGUCCAGGUGAACCGGGACGGGUUCUCCAGGAUUCUUCUUCUGGAACUCGGUUUGGGUCAGAGCCGACCCGGUUCAGAGGCAGAACGUGGACCCAGAGGAAAUCAUGAGCAGCUCAGGAAGAGAAGGAUCUAAAAAUAAAACGAAGGAACAGAAAUAAGACCAGGAGGAAGAGGAGGACGCUCCUCCUCCUCUUCAUCAUCCUCUCCCUCCUCCUCCUCGUCUUCCUCCUCCACUUCAAACUGCAGCGCCAACCUGAGCGGAAAGCAGAAGCUGCCGGACCCGCUGAACCGUCAGAAGCUCCAGCUGCUGCAGCGUUCUUCGUCUCCAAGUGAGGAAAGUUUUCAGCAGACGAUCCGGCAGCGACUCCACGGAAACCAGCUGCCGUCUCGUCCUCCAUGGCGGGCCUGGAGGUCUUUGCUGACGCCGCCUCCCUGCCGUCUUUGAACUCCAGCGUCUUCUUCAGUGAGACGCCGGAGCCGUGCGCUAGGGACCCGCUGAACGCCGUGGUCGUCAACGUCGGGGGGAGUCGCUACAUCCUGUCCCAGGAGCUGCUGGCGUCCCACCCGGACACCCGGCUGGGGAAGCUGGUCUGUUGCGGUCGAGACUCUGCGCUGGAGCUCUGCGAUGACGCAGACUUCCUCCAGAAUGAGUUCUUCUUCGACAGAAGCUCCCAACCCUUCCAGUAUGUGAUGAACUUCUACCAGACGGGUCACCUUCAUGUCAUGGAGGAGCUGUGUGAAAUCUCCUUCCUCCAGGAGAUCGAGUACUGGGGCAUCGACGAACUCCGCAUCAACUCCUGCUGCCGGGAACGCUACCACCGCCGAAAGGAGCAGAAAGAGUCCCUGGAUGUCCGCCAGGAGUUUGAGACCGACGAAGAAGAGGAGGACUUUGUAGGUGUGCUCUGUCCAGGCCUGCGUCGGCGUCUCUGGGACAUUCUGGAGAGACCGGAAUCGUCUCGCGCCGCCCGAACCUUCGGCUCCCUCUCCAUCUUCUUCGUGGUGCUGUCAGUCGUCAACAUGGUGCUGAUCUCUCUGGACCUGGACCAGGACUUCGGCGUGAGUUGGCUUGGCGCCGGCGGGCCACAGCUGCUUGACGCUGUGGAGUAUGUGUGUGUCCUGUGGUUCACAGGUGAGCUGGCGCUGCGCUUCACCUGCGUCCGGGACAAGUGCCGGUUCAGCAGAAGCAUCCCCAACGUGAUUGACCUGCUGGCCAUCCUGCCCUUCUAUGUGACGCUGGCAGUGGAGAGCCUCCAUGGCGGCUCCACCGAGCUGGAGAACGUGGGCCGGGUGGUCCAGGUGCUGCGCCUCCUCAGGACCCUGCGCAUGCUGAAGCUGGGUCGACACUCCACAGGCCUGCGGUCUCUGGGAAUGACCAUCGCUCAGUGUUACGAGGAAGUUGGCCUGCUGCUCCUCUUUCUCAGCGUGGGAAUCUCCAUCUUCGCCGCGCUGGUGUUUGCCCUGGAGCACGACCUCCCGGCCUCCACCUUCACCAGCGUGCCGGCCGCCUGGUGGUGGGCUACCACCUCCAUGACCACGGUGGGCUACGGCGACGUGCGGCCCGACUCGGCAGCGGGGAAGACGCUGGCCUUCCUCUGCAUCCUGUCCGGCAUCCUGAUCCUGGCGCUGCCCAUCGCCAUCAUCAACGACCGUUUCUCUGCCUGCUACUUCACCCUGAAGGUCCGGGAGGCCGCGCUGCGUCACGCCGACGCGCUCAGGAGGCUGACCCACGGCUUGCCGGGGGGCGGUGCCGAGCCCACCGGGGGCGGAGCCAACCUGAGGGACGCAUACGCCCGCAGCGUCCUGGAAAUGCUGCGACUGCAUCGCCGAGAGCGGGCAAGCACACGCAGCAGCGGGGGCGACGAGCUGUGGGGUAAAUAAGCUGCUGGGGGGUAAAUAAGCGAGCCUUGUUGCCCUGGUUCCACUAAGAGUUCAUUUAGUCAAACAGGAGGUGACACCCGCUGCAGUCAUCAUCCUUCUGGUUCCGUCCCGGUUCUUCCAGCCGACCCGGCGGCUCCAGACCUGAUGGCAGGAUAUUUAUGGAGGGGACGCCGGGAUUCUGGACCGGCCCGGUUUCCCACAGGCGGUUCUGGUCCGGCUGGCAGAAACAGAAGCUGGAGAUAAACAGGUUGUCAGCGGGAGAGUGGGUCCAGAUCCCGGUUCUGUUCCCUCUGGCGCCGUGGAUCGGAUGAGGCGGGAAGAGAAGUAGAAUCAGGCAGGAUUAAGGGCGGUUCUGAAACAGAACCGGUUCAGAACCAGAAAGAGUUUCCAGCCAAUCAGGAAGGAAAAAUCCAAGUCCUACUGAAGGGAACUGGACCUGCUGGAGAAUUGGGUCAGCAGGCGGUUCUGCUCAGUAGGACCGGGUCUCUGAACACUGCGGGCGUCGGUUCUGUCCAAUCCGGUGGUAUUCGGUUCGGUCCAGGAACAGAACCUGACUAGGUGGUACUGGAGUCCACGCAGCACUGUGAUGCAGAAAUAAUAAAAGAUUCUUACAGAAACAAACAAAACAUUAAAGAAUAAAAAAAUAAAAUUGUGUUUCUCCUGAUUGUAAAGAGAACCAGAACCAUUUUGACCCAAUAAAC